AUGCAAAACAGACUGGAGGCCACCAGGAUUGGUUACCGAUAUGCCAGUCGGUUGAAUCCUGAGGUUAGCGACGCCAACCCUCUAGCAAAUACGAUCAUGGAGGAACCGAUUCCACAGAAUUUCGUGAUCCCAAAGAUCGCACCCUUCACAGGAAGCUCUGAUCCAAAGUUACAUUUAAAAGCGUUUCAGGCCCAGAUGUUGAUAUCAGGGGGGAACGACGCAAUACGUUGUAAAAUGUUCGUGGGCACGCUAGCCAAAAUCGCUCUUAAGUGGUUCAACACUAUUUUGAGCUCCUCAAUCAACUCGUUCACCGAAUUCAAACGUGUUUUUUUGGAAAGAUUUUCGGCUAAUAGGGCCAAACCAGUGGAGAUGGCAGACAUGUUUGACAUACGACAGUAUGCUGAAGAAUCAUUGAAACAGUUUUUCAAUCGCUUCACCAAUAUUAGCAUGAGAGUAGUCGAUCCUAACGAGGGCUUACUUGUAAAAGCCUUUGUGAAGGGGCUCCGAGCCAGUUCCUUCGGUAAAUCUUUGUAUUGGAUCCCUCCAAAGACUUUAAUGGAGAUUAGGCAAAGAGCAGCGGUGGAGAUAGAGACUGAAGAGGCCAUGCGUCAUAAAAAAGCAGGAGACAAGAGAACAUUGACCCAUACCAAGAGUGAACGAGAUAUUAAAACUUCUCGAAGAGAAAGGACUCCACCUCGGACUAGGACGGAUUGCCGGUUCGUCCCUUAUGUAGCACAACAAAGGACCGAGUAUCGCCAAACUCGAAGAAUCCCUGAUUUCAGAUUGACUCCAGCCGAAAUAUUAGAAGAUACAGAAAUAUCUAAGUAUUUGCGCUAUCCCAAUAAUACAAGGAGAACACUCGGAAGCAGACCGAAUGCUUGGUGUAAGUUUCAUCAGGCUGGAGGUCAUGACACAAAUUCGUGUUACGCUUUAAAUAACCAACUCUCUGUGUUGGCAGAUAGGGGACUCAUGGGGAAAUAUAUAAAAUCUAAUACAGAUGUGGAACCAUUUGGAACUCGUUCGGUCCUCCAUUUGCAUGAAACACUUGUCCUGGGGGAUUUCAACACGAUAGCAGGAGGUUUCGCGGGAGGAGGACAGACCAGCUCGGCUAGGAAAAGAUAUGUAAGGAGUGUCAUGACCACGGCCAAAAUUGAAAGGCCGAAGAAAGUUCCGGACACUGUGUUUUCAAGUGAAGAUCUAAAAGGAGUAGUUCCACAUAAAGAUGAUCCUAUAGUAUUAUCUGUUAUCAUGAUGGGAAGGAAUGUUCAUAGAGUGCUGGUUGAUCAAGGGAGUUCGGCAGAUGUGAUGUUCUAG